ACUGAUUUGGCGAUAAUGUCUGUUUCUUUCAGAAAUUUGGCUAUAGGCAUUGGCAUUCAGAACUUUCCAGAAGGCCUUGCCGUGAGUCUCCCAUUGCGGGGUUCUGGAGUGUCCACAUGGCGAUCCUUUUGGUACGGGCAGCUGAGCGGGAUGGUGGAGCCUCUGGCGGGGUUGCUAGGGGCCGUUGCCGUGGUGCUGGCGGAGCCGUUGCUACCGUACGCUCUGGCCUUCGCUGCAGGAGCCAUGGUGUAUGUGGUGGUGGAUGACAUCAUUCCUGAAGCCCAAGUCAGCGGGAAUGGCAAACUGGCCUCAUGGACGUCCAUUCUGGGCUUCAUCGUCAUGAUGUCACUGGACGUGGGGCUUGGCUGAGCCUUUUCAUUGGACGAAUCUUCGAAUGUCAGCUGACUGCACUGAAAAAAAAGUGACCAAAGCAGCCUUUUUUCUCGGUGUAUAGGUUUAUUAAUCAAUGGAAUAUUUUUCUACUUAAUGUAUUUUAUGUCAUUUUUUUUUGUUCUUAUUUGAUUUGUUUUAUAUGGGAACCCAUUU